UCUCUGUUUAUCGUUAUACACAAAGUCGAUCACGUCUGUGAUUUUUUUUUUUUUUCCCCCUCGUCCCAUUAAAUUCAAUCGCGUCGAAUCAUAAUCCCAGUAUUCAGCAGUCGAGUUGGUCAGAGGACUGAUCUCUCCGAGAUCUUACAAAUGUAAAUUACACAUUUCUCGCUGAAGUUUCUUGUUGAAAUCGAUUGAUCGGCUUAAAAAGAAAAAUGAGUGAACUACCAAAAUAUUCGUUGAAAGAAGUGGCAAGACGUGAUGGAAAAGAGGAAGCAAGAGUGUGGAUCGUGAUUCACGAUAUGGUGUACGAUGUGACCAAUUACAGACACGAGCAUCCUGGCGGAGCAGAGUUAGUGGACGAGUACGCAGGGCAAGAUGCGACGCGCGGAUUCGAUGAUUUUGGACAUUCCUCAGACGCGAAACGUAUGUUGAAGAAGUUCCUUAUUGGUGUAUUAGUGGAGGAAGAUAAAAUAAACAAUAGAAGGAGAAAGAAUGAAAUCUCCGUUGAAGCGAAGAAUGGCCGGAGAAGAGACGAUUAUGGGAGGAGAAUGAAGACAUUCGACAGUCUAGCCGUGGGAAUCUCUGGCCUAUGGAGCAGAGGUAUAGGGAUGGGCGGAAAAAGCGGAAUUAGAGAGACUACAAAGAAAAUAUAUUAAAUGGACGCUUGGCAGGACGCCAGACUAUGUAAUCAUGGUGGAAACGAAAAGGGAGAAACUGAAGAUUAGAUUGGCAUAAAGAAGGAAAGAGAAAACGAGGGAGGAAUAGUAAAAGAAUGCAUAGAAGAAAGGAAAGCAGGAAAAGGGAAAGGCAAGAUCACCUCGAAACGUGUGGUUUUAGCCAGAUAGGAGUAGAACAAUUGUGAAGAGAAGGGAAACCAGCUAGGGGAAAAUACUAAGGAAAAGAGAAGCGGAAAUACAAAGACAAAGACAGUGGAAUAGAAUUCAGAAGACAAGAUACAAUUGGAAGUAUAAGUAUCUGGUAACAAGAGAAUUACCAAAAUAUCUGAAAGAGAGAAGGAAAAAUGGAGAGCAGAAGGUGAUAGCCAGAGCAAGAUGCGACACCCUAGAAAAUGGAAGUAAAUUUUGGGCGAGCGAAGAAGAACGGAAAUGUCAAUUAUGCGAGGAUGGGGAGGGAACGUUAGAGCAUUGGAGAGACUGUAGAGAGAUGGAGAAAACAUAUGCAAGUCUGGAAGAGAUACUGAGUGAAGAAGGCGGGAAAGAAGCGGUAAAAUGGCUUAGGCGAAUAAGGAGAAAGGAGAAAGAAAGAUAAAGAGAGACAAGGAGAAGAGAAAGAAGAGAUAAGGUCUAAAGAGAAAAGAGCAACAAAUAAACAUGAAAUACAAUGAAAGAAUUAGAUUAAGUUAUUAAGUAGACAAAAGAAUAGCAUAGUUAAGAUAAAUGUAAGUAUAGGAUAAAGCAAAUAGGAUACAAAUAUUAUGUAAAUAUUAUAAUAUGUAAAAGUAGGGAGAUAAGUGCAAUGUGAAUGUGCAAUGUAAAACCAAAGUGAAUU